AUGUCGAAUCUCCUCGCCAUCGACCUUAGCAACAAUAUCCUCUCCGACACGAUCCCCGCGUCGCUAGGCAACUUACCGCAACUUAAGUUCCUCGAGCUGAAUAAUAACCAGCUCUCGGGGGAGAUUCCCGCGUCUAUCGGCAAUCUAAAGCGUCUUAAGUCCAUCUCGCUCGCGCAUAAUCAGCUUCAAGGGCGCGUCCCAAAGGGACUUAAUUACCUCCGCGAUACCCCUUCCAAGUAUAAUUUCUCCGAGAACGGGUAUGGGUUCUGCGGCACGGGCUUUAAGGGGCUCGACACCUGUCCCGGCGACCCGCCAUACGUCUCUAAGAAGUCCCCGCCCAAGGUGAAACCGCCAGUCAAGCCGCCCGUCGUGAAACCGCCGGUCGUUAAGCCGCCGGUUGUGAAACCGCCCGUCGUUAAACCACCCGUCGUUAAAUCGCCUCCUAAGCCAUCUCCCCCGCCGUCCUCCCCCGCGCCCUCCGUCAACGCCCCGCCGUCCUCUCCGCCGCCCGCGGAAGACCCACAGCCCGUGCAGCCGCUCGUUCCGCUCUCCCCUCCCCCCGGUUCCGCCACCCCCUCCGCCUCCGCGCCAGCAGACACGCUCUCCAGCGGUACCGCGGCGGCGGCGGACAGCGGAAGCAGCGGCGGAAACAGCAGCGAAAGCGCGAGCAGCAGCAGCGGGGAGAGCAGCGGGGGGAGCAGUGGGGGGAUGAGCAUGGGCGUGUAUAUUGGCAUUGCUGCUGGAGGCGCGCUGUUGGUGAUUGUGGCGGCGAUUCUGAUUGGCUACUGCUGCUGGUGGAAGCCGAAGCAGUCGCGCGCGCGCGCGGCGGCAUUUAGGGCAAUCCGCAGCGACAAGGAGCUCAACCCCCCCUCCGCCUCCAAGCGCGGAGACCGCGGAAGCAAGUCCAAGGGCAAGGCGCGCAGCCCCGGGGGCGCGGAAGCAGCGGGCGGAGACGCAGACGGAGGAAGCGGGGCAGCGGCGGCCGCGGCAGGUGCGGCGGCGGGAGCGGCAAUCGCGGGUUCUGGUCGCAGUUCAUCUAAAAAGAAAUCGCCUUCUAAGCGUCAUUCUCCGUCGAAGCACCACCGUAUCGAUAUCGAGUCUGGUAAUAACGGAGCGAGUGGUUACCACUCGGGUUACCACACAGUCGACGUGCCACCUGUAACGGUCGUGGAGCUGCCUCCCGAACCUGCCGUGCGCUCGGCUCGGGAACCCGGAGCUGCAGCCUCGGCAGUGAGCGCCACAGGUGCGGCAGCCGGAGCUGCGAUCGCAGGCGCGGGAAGCAAGAGCAAAGGCAGGUCCGGCAAAUCGCAUUCCCCCUCUCCCAAGAAUGACGGCUCCCGGAGCAACCCGAAUGCGGAUAAAGAGAGCGUCGGAUCGUCGCCACGUGGCGACCAGCACGAUCCAACGGCUGCGGGUGCAUCUGUUGCCGCUGCUGGUGCUCUAGGCUCCCGUUCGAUUGGGGGCAGCGGCAGAAGCGGCAGCGACCGCAAGACAGGCGCUGCUGCCGCUGCUGCUGCUGCUGUUGCUGCUACUGCGGCUGGUGCUGCUGCUACUGCGGUUCCUCCUGCCAUCCCCCCAUCCGCUCCGCGCAACCGCGACAGCACCCCCCCCCGCAUGCCCUCGUGGUCGCGCACGGGGAACCGCAACUCCGCCUCCCCAGGCGGGGGCAGCCACCGGUCCUCCUCGCCGAACCGAAGCUACCACGGCACGCCGCCCAAACCUGCCGAUCCUGUGCCGACCCUCCGGGAAGAGGGGAUUCCGACCGUGGUGGAAAUUCCAGUGGAUUCUGACGAGAAUCAAAUCAGAUCUGGCGGAUCCAACCGCCCGGUGCUAAUCCCUCCAGCGGUUCCCAUCCCUCAGUUGAAAUCCAUGCCGGCCGGAGCCGCGUCGCGGAAGAAAGGGGGGAGGAAUGGGGGAGGAGCGGGGGAGGAUGACGUGUCACCCGCUCCUCCGCCGAGCAGCACCAUGCGGCGGAGUGGGUCCGGGGACGAGAGGGGGGAAGGGCGGGCGGAGGGGGGAGGCGCUGGCGCGGGGAUGGCGGUUGGCGCAACUGCUGUGACUCCCAAGUAUGGCGCGGCGGGGCGGGCGCUAAGGGUGGCGGAUUUGGAGGAGGCGGGGGGAGAGGCGGAGGGGGAGGGGGAGGAUGACGUGUUGGGGGAGCUGCGGAGCAGCAGUCGGAAGGGCGGGUACGGGAGCGGGAGGGGGAUGGGCGGCGGGGGAAGCGGGAUGGGGGGAAGAGGCGGAGUUUGGAUUCCCCCUUCAGGAGGGUCCGGAGGGGGUGCUGACGGGGCACCUGAGGCGUCAGAUGACGUGGCAGGGGAAGGUGCCAGCCUGGAGCGGUUCUUCACGGUUGCUGAGCUGUCAUUGGCCACGAAUGACUUUGGCAGGCAGUCCCAGAGAAAUGUUUUGGGUACGGGCAGAGACGGCUCGGUGUACAAGGCUCGCCUGCCCGACGGGACGACGGUGGCGGUGAAGCGACUUUCCCAAAGAAACCUGGACCAAUCAGCUCGCGAAUUCAGAUUCGAAGUCGAAUCUCUCGCCCACGCUCGGCACCCGAACCUGGUGGCGCUGCUGGGGUGCUGCGCGGAGGACGACGAGCGAAUGCUGGUGUACGAAUUUGUCCCCAACGGCUCCCUUGACGCGUGGCUGCACCAGAGCGGCAACAUGGAGCCCAUUGAUUGGCCCAUGCGCAUGCACAUCGCCAUCGGCUGCGCGAGAGGUCUAUCCCACCUGCACGAGGGCCUGGACAUGAAGGUGGUGCACAGGGACGUGAAGGCCAGCAACGUGCUGCUGGACGCCCAGUGGAACCCCAAGCUGGGCGACUUUGCCAUCGCCAAGGUCAUGGGCCGCGACCAGAGCCACGCCGCUACCCGCAUUGUCGGGACAUUUGGAUAUGUGGCCCCAGAGUACAUGAACACGGGUCUGCUGACGGAACGAAGCGACGUGUACAGCUUCGGCGUGCUGCUCCUUGAGAUCAUCUCUGGAAGAAAGCCGAUUGACAAUGAAGCUCCACCUGAUGAGAUGGAUCUGGUGAAGUGGGCCAAGAAGCUGAGCUCGCAGGAGCGGCUGGUUGAGAUUGUGGACCCUCGCCUGCAAGGCAUGGUGUCUCCUGACGAUGCGGAGUAUGUCCUCGGUAUUGCCAUGCGCUGUGUGGAGACCAAUGCACUCAAGCGGCCACGCAUGACACAGAUCGUCCACAUGCUGGAAAGCGAAGACCCAAAACAGAGGGACGAUUGGGUAGCUCGAAGGCCCAGUCCUGUGAGCGCCAGAUCACUGACAAUCCGAGACCCAAGCCCCAGCUACGCCAAUGGCAACAUGACAGCUCCCGGCCGAUCCGAAUCCAGCAGGGCAAGCCCACGGCCUCUCUACUCUAACGGGAGGACAGAUUCCCUCCGCUCGCUCAGCCCACGGUGCUCGCUUGCUGCAUCCAGCCCAGGUGCACCAGAUGUGGGUGCCCUCAUUGCCAAUGCUGCCAUGCGAUCCAGCCCAAGAGCACUCAGUCCACCGCCUCUACGACCGAGCCCUGGAGCUCCUAAGGGAGCUUCACCAAGGUUUAUGAGCCCCCGAGCAGCUAGCCCGAGGUCUGCUUCUCCCAAUGCUGAUGCGGCUAAUAUCAUCGCAAGUCAUGCAAUGAGCAUCAAUGCGCAACGGAGGCCUGGGACAUGGAGUAGGAGGUAG